AUGGCGGUGACUAGGCGACCCUUCUCCGAAACCCCAACCCGGCGCUCUUCUGCACAAGCGACAGUCCCCGUCUCCGAACCCCUCCACGACUACUACGCUUCCCGCGGCUUCGAGGAAGACCCCCUACUUCAAUCUACCGUCAAACUCCAACGCGAAGAACUCCGCCAAUCCAUCGAAUGGUACCGCGAAUCCCUCUCCCACCCCCUUCCCCAGCCAACCGCCUACACCCACCUCGACAGCCCGUACGAGGACCCCUGGACGCUAUACUGCUACCUCUCACACGACCUCGCCGCGCUGCGCUGCUCCCCGCACUGGACGUUCACGGCCAUUUUGGAGUUCAUACGAGACGCGGUGACCUCCCCGCAGAUAUGUCUGGACCGCAUCGAGCGCGUGGUUGCGGAUAUGGGCCAGAUUGGGGAACCGCUGAACAAGAUGGACUGGGACGCCGUUGUGGCCUCGUUUGAGAGGUGGGGGAAGUUGGAGCAUAUGCGGUACAUGAAGAUGAAGAUGCGGCAUUUGACGGUGUUGGCGAGGGCGGUCGGUGAUGCGAGGGACUCGGAUCCGCGGCGGAGGGGUGGGAAGAAAGGGGCGGAUUCGCAGCAAUACCUGGAUUCGGGGAUGUACCGCGCCUGCCUGACCUCCGUCACCCGGCGCGGGCAACUCCUUGCCGUUAAACAGCUCGCGGACGAGAUGCUCGAACACUGCACGCACGACCAAAAACUUUUCCAGACAGUCAUCCAAUCCCUCGUCGACAUCCGCGACUCGCUCGCUGCCUACAAAGUCUACGAGUACAUGCGCAGCCACGGCCGUAUCCCGACCGUCUCAACUUACCGCGCCCUCAUCCACUCCCUCUGCCACGACACCACCAUCAUACUCCCCAUCACGCGGCACAAUGCCACAAAACAAACCAAAAUCUCAACGCUCAAAGUCGCGACAGCCAUCCUGUCCGACGCGGUCAAGUACCACAAACACCCCAAGAUCUUCGCAGCGGUGUUUGAAGUCUACGCCGCGCAUAACGCCAUGUCCGCCGCGACGCAUCUGCUCGAUAUCAUGAACACCUACGCCGUCCCCGUCGACCAGAAAACUUGUCUCGCGUUUUUUUACCUGCAUCUCCGCCACCGUCGUCCGCGUGCUGCGAGGGCACUGCUCGACGCGCUCCUUACGGCUAAAUCCACCUCGUUGCUCCAACCGCAUAUGUCGCCAGAACACCAAUGCAGGAUAGAGACGACACAUCCGUCGUUCCACCGGUUUGUGCUCUACGCCUUCAUCCGCUGCGGCCUGCCCUGGGAGGCCUACAUAUACUUCAAGCAGACCCUCCCGCGGUACACGACGCAGCCACUGGAUGCGCGUACGUGCGGGAUGCUGAUUGCACGGUUCGUUAGGCAGAGACCCGACCGGGCGUUGGAGGUGUGGGAGUAUAUGAAGCAGAAGGGGGUGAGGCCCGGAUUGCAUACGAGGACGCUUAUGGAGGGGGUUUUGAGGGAGAGGGGCGAUGAGGUGGAGGAGGGGGAAGGGGAAGGGGAGCGGUGGGCGAAUAUGUAUUUGAGGAGUGGGUAUGUGGCGGAUUUUGGAUGA